AUGGACAAGGAGGAAGUACAAAGACUGAAGAUGAUGAAGGUUUUGGGCCUUGUUCUCUGGGGCCUGCUGAUGCCAAUGCAGGUUUCAGGCACAGGACGCUGCCUCGUCCCUCGAGAGUCGUAUGAAAGGGCUUGUGAAGAGUCAAUAACUGGCCUCUUCAGGCAUGAAAUGGAGAGACUCAAAUUCCCAGGAUCAACAAUUACCUUAAUCGCUAUCAAUGGGUUGCAUGUUGCUAAAGCCAUUGUGCUCCCAGUGAAAUCCAAGUACGUUCCUGGAGUUGGGGUCAAGGUGGAAUUUUCUGCUAAACUCAAAAUCCUUGGCACUUGCUGGUCUAUCCUCUUGUCUGGCCUGACCACCAUCAAUGUGCGUGUAGACUGCAGUGCGCUCGUUCUGCUGCCUAAGUAUUUGCCGCUUACCACCAGCGUUGCCGUCAAGGAUUGUCAAUGUGCGGUGGUUCUCAAGGAUGUCAGUAUCAACCUGCUCGAUAUCCGUGCGAGCGUGACAGCCAGCCUAGGGAGCAACAUCCUACUGGCGUUACAAGUCAAGACACCUCCAAUACUUUCAGCUUGUAUUUCCUUCGGGCAUUCAAAGAUGCUGAGUGAUAUUAACUCUGUUCUCCCAUUUGAGAAGGGAAAGCUCCUGUAUGUGGCUCAAACUCCAAAAGUAAAUGACCAGUUCAUUGAAAUUCCUGUACAGACAGAAUAUCUGGCUGACGAUGGGAAGAAGAUCCCCAUUCCACCCCUCUCGCAGGACUUUGUGAUAUUGCCACAACUGAAUCAUACUGCUGGGGCCAUAGGCGAGAAUGUCAUCACUUCUAUCCUCUCCUACACAGUCUUCAAGAAACCCCAUUCCUUCUCUUGUACCCCUCAAACGUUUGUUGACACACUCUCCCUGGAGAUGAUCCUCUCUCAACUGAUUAUUUCCAAGUGCCCACCCUGCACUCCAAUCUCUUCUUCACUGUUCAUCAUUACCAAAGUGGUCACACCUCUGACGGUCGGUCUGGAUGUGAACCUGUGCACCAUGAAUCUCACUCUCAGCCUGCAGAUAAUGGAUAAAAAGGGAAACAAGAAACCUGUGCCCCUCAUUGCUUUGAAAGCAGAUCUCGGUUUGGUUGCCACCCUCCGGCUGGUUGAAGGAAAGGUGCAAUUCAUUGCGUCCCUCGACAGAUUGCAUUUCAAGCUGGUUUCCUCAAUCGUGGGCCCUGUCAUUAUUGUACGUCUUCAGGUACCCUUGAGAGCCUACAUCCUGAAAAUUCUACUCAAGAAGAUCAACUUUUACCUCCACCUAGCAAAAAUCCCAAUCUUUCAAGCACCAGGAUUGAAGCCCAACUUUGCGCAUUGCCACCCUUCUAAGCACUGUCUUGUGUGCCAUAAAAAACUCCAUAAAGGGUGAUGUACCAGGCGAGUGUGGUGCUGAUUCACCUCUCACACCGAGGAGAGAGAAGAAAGAGUGGCACAAAUGAGGAGGUUUAAUUCAUGUUCCUUUUUCCAAAAUUUUGAUUCAAGCUUUUUACUCUGGGGAAAAAUUGCCACAUCUGCUAUGGAAUUUCAGCUGAAGAACAGCA